UGGAGAAAGAGCGACAGAGCAACAGAACAGAGAAGAGCAGCAGCCAGCGACGAAUCAGAGGGAAGAAGGAAGACAUGGACCCGGACAUGGGCGAGAACUUCGCAUACUACUGGGAGACGCAGCGCUACCUCGAGUCGGAGGAGCUCGUUGACAGCAUCUUCGUCGGGGCGACCGAAGACGCCAUCUCGUACUACGACUCCAGCUCGCCGGAUGGUUCCCACUCGUCCUCGACGCCGAUGGGGUCGGCCCUGCCAGGGGCGGGGAUGGGGAUGGACGGCACUGGGGCGAACAAGAACAUACUGAUGGAACGCGACCGCCGCCGCAAGCUCAAUGAGAAGCUCUACACGCUCCGGAGCGUCGUGCCCAACAUCACCAAGAUGGACAAGGCCUCGAUCAUCAAGGACGCGAUCGAGUACAUCCAGCAGCUGCAGGCAGAGGAGCGGCAGAUGGAGGCGGAGGUGUCCGCGCUCGAGUCCGCCACCGGCGCGGAGGAUGACUACGACGGCGGCCUCUCCGUGGACCAGGUCUCCUCGGCGCAGAGGAAGAAGGUGAAGCGCGCUCUCUCGGUCUCGUCCAUGAACGACGCGCUGCUCGCCGCGGCGGCGACGGUGGCCUCGCCGCCGGUGGAGGUCCUGGAGCUGCGCGUGUCGGAGGUGAGCGAGAAGGUGCUGGUGGUGAGCGUGACGUGCAGCAAGCAGCGCGACGCCAUGACCAAGGUGUGCCGCGCGCUCGAGGAGCUCCGCCUCAGGGUCAUCACCGCCAACAUCACCUCCGUCUCCGGCUGCCUCAUGCACACCCUCUUCGUCGAGGUAGAUGAGAUGGACCGCUUCCAGAUGAAGGAGACGGUGGAGGCUGCUCUCUCGCAGCUUGAUUCCAUGGGGAGCCCGCCGCUUAGUUCGAUGAGCUAUUAGGGAUCACUGCUACGGUCACUAGUGGCUGGUCGCCUAUUUUCACCUCACCUAGUUUCUCUUUUGCAAGGCCAAUAUUAUAUACUCCCUCCAUUCAGAUUUACUCGUCGUGGUUUUAGUUUAAAUUUGAACUAAAACCACGACGAGUAAAUCGGAACGGAGGGAGUAUAUCUUAUGUAAUGUAUGCCAGAAUUUUGCACCUUUUUUUUGCAACACCCAUUUAUAUGUGUGGAUCGAGGUGACUGCUUUUUUUUGGUACGAGGCAAUAACUCAAGGGAUAGAUAAAUAGGCUAGGUGUGCUCUGGACCUCAUGUGUAAAGGUCUUCAUGAGCAUGGCAUGAUAUGCUUCUGGACUAUGACAUAUCUAUGGUGAUAAAUAACAAGGUGAUUACUUUA